AACCGUUGUUCCUCAGUACUCUUCGCUGCGGUGAGGAGGACGGCUCGUUUCGGUCUUUUUCAGCUCAAAUAAACCAUUGCAACAGAAAGUUUCCAUCAAUAUCUGCUGAUUGACGCUACGAAAUGGAUGGUGUUGUAGUUGCAAAACACAAGUCUGGCAGAAAGAAGGUAAACAAAGAGAAUGUUGAACCUGCCAUUAGUUCUAAAGUGAAGGCCAGCCAAGUUGAUGUAAAAGGAACAUCUAUGGAGGCUCACAAAAAGGUAAAGACCAUGGAGAAAAAUGGAAAAGAUGUCACAGCUGAUGUACAAAAAAGACAUGGUCAGACCUUGCUCACAGAACAGGCUGUGAAAAACAGAAGACUAGUUGCAGAAGCACCAAGGCCACCAGUUGCUAUGUUGGCAACAAAAUCUGCUCUAGGUUUGUACAAAGGCAAAAUUGUCCAGUCAAAGAUUGGAUCCAUUUGGAAGUCAAGUGCCACACUGGAAGGUGUGGCUCCAAAACCAACCACAGCACCUUCAAUGCCCAAAACCCAAGUCCAGAGAGUUGAAAAAUUGACAAAAACAAGAUCCAAAUCAGUUGCUGACAUGCCAAAAUGUGGCAUUUUGAAAUCUGUACCAGUGGUGUCAAAGACUGCUGUUGAAGGAGCAGCUCGGCUGUCAAAAGUACCGGUUACCAGACACCAAAAUACUGGAUCCUACUCUGCUCGGGCUCCUACAAGAACUGUACCUUCAACGCUUUCUGGAACUGCCUCCAGAAACACAAUUGUUGUUCCCACCAAGCAAAGUGGGAUUAAUAACACCAAGGCAAAGGUUAAAGGUACAAACAAGGAGGUCAUCAAGCCUCCUGUCUCAAGCACCAUCAGCCAGUACAGGGUCACAAUGGAGACUGCCGGGGAGAGAAGAGCAAAACUGGCUGAGUGGCUUGCUUCCAAGGGGAAGACUCUAAAAAGGCCAGCAACGGUGGUGGCAGGUCCCCCAAAAGCCAAAGUUGCUGAGAAAGCUGUAGUGUGCCUUAAAUCCCAGCCCAAGCCUGCUGCAAAUGCAUCUGAAGCAGAACCCAGAGUGGAAGCACCCAAACCAAACUCCUCUGAUCACUGUUCAGAUAUUAAACCAGCAAAUGUGAUGGUACAUGGUACAACUCCAAUGAUUAUGAACACUACCCUAGAACUGCUGGAAAACUCAGAUGAGGAUCUGUCUGACACAGUGGAUGAUAUUGUUGUGAACCUGUGUGAUGCCUUGGAAGCCAUGGUACCGCCCUCCAGAUGUGAGGAAGAUGGCAAAUCAAAUGGUGACAAAGAAGUGAGGACUGAAACACCUGAGAAUUGUACAAAGCAAUCAGAUGUGGAGGACGUGACUGAAGAAGAAAAAGAACAGAAUGUGGAAAAGGAUCAUGAAGAUGUUGCCAACAUGCUAGAGAUGGAAGGGGCUUCAGUGGUAAAAUACAGCGUAAAGACGACUCCGUACCUGCAAAGUGUCAAAAAGGCCAUUGAAGAAGAAGCCAGUACAAGUACGUCUCGACGAAAGAGCAACAUCAAAGAUGUGAAGUUUCUGACUCCGGUGCGCCGUUCCUGCCGCAUCGAGGGCAAAUCCUUUCACCUGCCUAAAAUGCUGCUUGAUCACGAUCCGUGUGUAUCUUCGCUGAGCGAGCUGGUGAAACUAGAUGAGGAUGCCAACGCUUAUGUUUACAGGAAAAACCGAGCACUGGUGCAAGACCUGUCAGGCAAGAACCCAGUGUGAAGGCAUGUCUGAAAAGGCAAGGACUGGAACUACUCAACAUUUUAUUUUAAAAGUAACUAAUUCUAAGAGUCAGAAAUGUAUCUGUUUCUUGAAUGUGCAAUCUUUUAUUAAUAAAAUCCAAGUUUAAAAGUAACAUUUGUAUU